GACGAAUAGGCACUGUGGUUGGAUGGGGGCGUACUAAUGAAGGUGGUGAAUUGCCAGCAAUCGUUAACCAGGUGAAAGUGCCUAUAAUGUCCAUUACAGAAUGUCGAAACCAAAAGUAUAAAAGCACUAGGAUAACAUCCAGUAUGUUGUGUGCUGGAAGACCUAAUAUGGAUUCAUGUCAAGGAGACAGCGGUGGCCCCCUUCUUCUUUCAAAUGGGAUAAAGUAUUUUAUUGUUGGUGUAGUUUCUUGGGGCGUUGGCUGCGGUAGAGAUGGAUAUCCGGGUGUUUACACCAGAGUUAGUAAAUUUAUACCAUGGAUAAAAUCAAAUUUACAUGAUAGUUGCUUGUGCUCUUGA